GUGGAUACGGCCACGGUCGAUUCCAAUCGCAGUCGCGUCGACGUGUCACGAUGACUUAAACUCCGAGCCAGAUUUUCCACAUUUCGUCGUCAUUUCGAAGACGGGGAGGGGGCCAAGAUGGGGCCAGGGAAAGCCUUACAAUGUCAACUCCUAUGGAUGCUUCCUCUGUUCUCAGAUUUUGUCUUCACAGCCGGGAAAACUACCGUCAAUAAAUCAGCACUCAAGGAAGAAGUACUUGAGAUGUUCAACCAUGCAUUUAGCUCAUACAUGACAUAUGCCUACCCAGCAGAUGAGCUGAUGCCUUUGAGCUGCAGGGGGAGGGUACGGGGGGUGGAGCCUAGCAGGGGGGAUGUUGACGAUGCUCUCGGAGGGUUUUCCCUGACUCUCAUCGAUGCUUUAGACACCUUGGCUGUCCUGGGUCUGGAGGAGAAAUUUGAGGAGGCGGUGGAACUCGUCAUCCGCGAUGUCUCCUUCGACAACGACGUCGACGUGUCCGUCUUUGAAACCAACAUCAGGGUCUUGGGGGGUUUGCUUGGUGGUCACGUGGUCGCCUCGGACCUACAAGCCAGGGGGAAAGGGAUGCAGUGGUACAGGGACGAGCUGUUGGAGAUGGCACGAGACAUCGGCUACAGAUUACUUCCAGCUUUCAAUACUUCCACAGGAAUGCCUUAUCCUAGGGUCAAUUUGAAGUACGGUCUAGGGAAAGGUCGUAAAGAGAAAGACACGUGCACGGCUUGCGCCGGCACCAUGAUACUGGAGUUUGCUGCCCUCAGUAGGCUGACUGGUGAUUCUAUCUUUGAGGAAAAGGCCCAGCACGUGAUGAGAACUCUAUGGUCCAAGCGUCAGCGCCAUAGCAACCUAGUGGGCACGGUCAUCAAUAUUCAUAACGGUGACUGGGUCAGAAGAGAUAGUGGAGUCGGUGCAGGCAUCGAUUCCUACUAUGAAUAUCUCUUGAAGGGCUACAUCCUGCUUGGCGAUGAUAGUUACUUGAACAAGUUCUCAGCACACUACGAUGCCGUAAUGCAGUACAUCAGCGAUGGCCCCAUGCUACUUGACGUCCACAUGCACAAACCUAACACAAGGACCAAGGCAUUCAUGGAUUCUCUGCUGGCAUUCUGGCCUGGACUACAGGUAUUAUUUGGGGACAUCAAGCCCGCCAUUGAGACUCACGAGAUGCUGUACCAGGUCACGCAGAGACACAACUUUCUUCCAGAGGCUUUCACCACCGAUUUUGAUGUCUACUGGGGCCAACACCCUCUCCGUCCUGAGUUUGCCGAAAGUAACUACUUUCUGUACAAAGCCACCGGUGACCCUUACUACCUGGAAGUAGGCAAGGAGAUAGUGGAAAGUCUUCAGCUACAUGCCAGGGUGGGCUGUGGCUUUGCUGGUAUCAAAGACGUCCGCACUGGAACUCAUGAAGACAGGAUGGACUCAUUCUUCCUUGCCGAGACUUUCAAGUACCUCUACCUCCUCUUCGCCGAACCUGAGGACCUUCUGAUACCCAUCGACGAUUACGUCUUCACCACGGAGGCCCAUCUGCUUCCCCUGACCCUAUCCAGGGUCAAGAACCUCGCUAACGAUUCCUCCGUUAACAGCACGGACCACGAGGAGGAGCACGAUUCUCCCCUAGUGGCUACCGUUGAGAUGCAAGCUUGCCCCAACCACAACUACAUGAUGAGUGACGGGCAGGGUUUUGCGGAGUCCGUCCGAGCUGCCUUGCAGCUGAAAACCAGAGAGGACAAAUGCCCGACAACCAUCGGCAGAGGAAGAUCUCGACUGCGAGCAACGCACUUUGUCCCCGGCAAUGAGAUGCACAUGAAGCUACUGAAACGGAUGGGAAUCAGCCUGAUGACCAUGAAAGACGGCCGCGUCCAACUCAUGCACUCAGCUGCCCAGGCAGCUACCACGGAGGAUGCUGAGGAUGGCAUGCUGUUCAUGCAAGAGAUGAUCGAGUUGUCCAAGACGCAACAGGCCGAAGUGGAGUACCAGCCCAGGGUUGUCCAGAUUCUCUCCCCAACGUUCCUGAGUGGCGUGACAGCCACAGCCGGCCCUGCCCAGUUUGGUCUGGAUCUGACCGGUCACGAGGGGGUGCCAGGGGCUGUGGUGAUGGUGGAUCCCCUCACUGCUUGCGUUGAGCCCAAGAACAAGGAGGAACUACGGGGAAAGAUUGCCCUCCUACAGCGAGGAGACUGCAUGUUUAUCGAUAAGGGAAAGGUCAUCGAGAAAGCCGGGGCUAUUGGCGGCAUUGUCAUGGACAAUGUGGGCGAUUCCAGCAGCGAGAAGUCCGCCAUGUUCUCCAUGUCCGGUGACGGCAGCACCGACGUAACCAUCCCCAUGGUGUUCCUGUUCUCCAAGGAGGGGGCCUUCAUCAAGGACAUGGUGGAGGGCAACGAGGGGGAGGUCCAAGUUAUGCUCCUGGACAAGGCUAAAACUGCAGAGGACAUAAAGAAGUACAUGGAGAACCUUGCAGCAUCUGGCAUCAAUCUGUCCACUCCACCACCCAAAGCAGACACCAAAGAGACUGGGUUGCCCACGGCCUCGGCCCAGGGAAAACCCUCGGUGAAUGUCCACGUUGAAGUCCUGGUGGACGAUCAGAUUGUAGAGAUCAACAAGGCCAUGUAUAGCAAGGAUUGGAAGAGUGAGUUGGGAGAGGAGAUCGGGCAGGAGAGCUGUGUAGCAAAGAGUAAGGAAGAGCAGCUGCAACAGCAGCAGGAUCAAGAGUGUCUGCAACAGCAGCAGCAGCAGGAACAGCAGCGGCAGCAGCAGCAGCAAGGUCAGCAGCAGUGUCAGGAUCAGUCACACGAGCGGUCAGUUCAACAACAGCAGGAACAGCAACAGCAGCAACAGCAACGGCAGCAACAGCAGAGCGGUACCUUAAAGAUGCAGGCAACCAUCCACUACCCUCAGGUUGUCACGCACACACAGCAGGAAUUGGACCAAGAGGCAACCAAGUCCGCAGCUGACAAUAUUCUUGAACCUCAGCAGCAGCAGCAGCAUGAACAACCACCUAAACUCUUCGUUGAAGGUGCCGAGGCUGAGACUCUGAUCCGCACCUUGAUCAAAGAAGGCAAGAUUUCUCUUAACGGUGCUGGCGACUCCAAAGUGUCCGAGGAAGAGAGUCAACAGAUCCGCACCACUCUCGGGAUAGAGGAGCUCCAAAAUCAUUUUGACGGCCUGAUGCGGGACUACCUGAGGACUGAAAACGGGCAGCUGUACCAACAGCGGCGAGCCGAAGCCGCCCUGAAGCACAGCAUGGACGCCUACACAGGUCCAGCAACUGGAGAACAAGAAGCCCAAGUACCGAGCAAAGACUUGCAGGACCAGCUUAAGCAGAUCCAAGAAGAGUUCAUGAAAUUCGAGAGCAUACGGCUGGGUCUGGACAAACUAAACCCCCUUCAUGCUGACAAUGAAGGGAUUGAUGGAGAUAAUCCGCUAAGUCUAGAUCAGCUUCCAGAGGAGCUACAAUCUCUAUUAAAUAGUAUCGAGCCACUAGUAGGAGCCACUCAACAACAAGAACUGAACACAAACCAAAACAAAGAAACCGGAAGAACUAGUAGCACAUUCCAAGAAGCUGAUCAGCAUAUACGAGUGCUGCAGCCGACUCCAAUCCCAUCUCAGGAAAAAUCAGGGCAACAAAGUAUUGAGCAAACCAGUGCUAGUGAUAUGCCAAAGUACCAGCAGAGGAAUAUUCAGCCAGGAGCACCUGUGCAAAGGAAUGCAGUGGCAGGUGUCCAGGAAGCUACAGGUGUUUCUCAGGAGAGUAGUAUACCAAGGACUGCACCUGCAGGUGCACAGGGGCAGACUGCACCUGCAGGUGCACAUAUGCAGGCUGGUGAGCAGGUGCAAGUACAGAGACAAGGGCCAGGUGGCCAGCCUGAUGCACGCCAGCUGGAGGUGCAGAGGCAACUGCAGGAGGCGCGGGAGCGCCAACAACGGCAGCGUGACAUGCUGCAGCAGCAGGCUGCACAGAACCAGGCGCUGCAGGACCAGGCGCGACACCUGCAUGAUGCGCAGAUGCAACGUGCUCAUCAGCAAACAGCCAGCUCUCAGUCGUCCCCUGAUGGUUCCACCCAGACAAAAACAGUGCCAGACACCCGGACAAACCCCUCACCAGACACCCAGACGGACGACUCCAAACAGAACAAAAUAUGAAGCCUUAAAAAAAAAUCAAGUAUGUCUUCGUUUUAGGUCUUUGCCUUGAAAAAGUGUGGUGAUCCAAAAAAAAAUUUCACACAAGUGUAAAAGAAUGUAGAUUAUCUUCAUUUAGCGAAUGAGCAUAAAUGUAUCGUGAAAUUUAUGAGAAAAAAAGUGCCCUUCCAACUCGGUAUCCAAAAUUUACUUGGAUUUAUAAUCAAUUAUCAUCGGACAGUGAUACUGAAGUUAAAUCAGAAUUUGACUGAAGUCUCCAUCCAAUUAAAAGUGCAUUUUAAGCUUUCGCUUUUCACCCUAACUGUAACACCACCUCCUAAAAAUAAAUUGUCUUCCUUUGAACUGAAAGAAAAAAGUAAGUGCCAAAGUUUUGAGACCUUUGCCACUUUGGUACAAAAGUGUGCAAGAUCAAGUGAAUGGGCGUUUAGUGAUCAAAGUUUCAUGUAUGCAUGAACCCUAACAAUCCCCAUCCAGUCAAACUCCAACACCAGGGUUUGUUGGAAUCUGUUGGAAUCUGUUGGAAUCUGUUGGAAUCUGUUGGAAUCUGUUGGAGUGAGG